AUGAGCUCCGGAAACGCUGGGCACGCCUCGCCGGCGCACUCGGCCGUCCAGACGGCCCACUCCGACUCGACGGCCAGCCUUAAUGUACCUACGGCCGCCUCGAUCUCUGCCCAAUCGCUGCACCAAAUCGGCAUCGUCAAGUCGGCCAAGGCGUCACCCAAGCCGAUACCGCCCGACUUCCUCGGCCAGGCCAUCGACGGCACGCACUUGACCAAAUUCGUGCAAUCGCGCCCGUCGCGCGAGUACGAGGCCGACCCGGUGACGCUGCUCUCCUGCUCGUCGGGCACGCUCUCCUGCGACACGCUGCUUGCCCCGAACCUUGGCGAAUGGCACCGCAAGAUUCGGAAAGCCGAGAAGUUGAAGCUCAAGUCGCAGGUGCCGCUCCAGAAGUUGGAGGAGGUCAACCUGGCCGCCGGGGACGGGCCUCAGCCCCGCGUCUACGCUGUCACAGAUGAAAUUCAUGAUGCUGUCGCACGCCGGAUGCGAAAACAGGUGGACGGGAUGAAGCACGACAAGCGCGCCAUCCACUACGCGCCCGGCGAGAAGGAAGACGUCGCCGGGCUCUUCCACCAGCAAUGGGACGCCGCCCUCGACGAGCUGUGGGCAGCCCCCGAACUCGACGGCUUCUCCAUGCAGGCCACGAUCCGGGAGGGCGGCGCGGCGCCUUCAAUGCAGAUCCACCUGAAACGCCGCAACGUCAUCGCCGGCGACGUUGAAUCGAUGGAGCAGCGCUUCGACGAGGCCCGCAUGGCUGCCUACCACAAGAAGGCCCGCCGUACCCUCGAUCGUCGCAUGGAGCCGCCUUUGCCCCCCGAUGAGCGCAUCGGCUUCCGGCGCGCCCUCGGGCCCGAUGAGGUGAUGUCGCUGUCGUCGGUGGGCCCGUCGCAGCUGUCCACGGCUCGCAUGAUUGGUGAAUCCGCCGUUCACAUGGCCUCGAUGAUCGCCGGCGAGCUGUUCGGCAAGGCGUUCGGAAUG